UAUAAUAGCGGAAACCAACACAAAAAAUUUGAAAAAUUUGAAACUUUUAUUCUCUAAAAAAACAAAAGUCUUCUCUCCUUCACAGCUCUUCCAGCUUGGAACCUGAGGGUUUCCAUUUUUAGGGUUUCCAAAAUACCCCCAAGAUUUUCCCAGAUAAAAUUUCUUGGAAAAUUUGAUGUGGGUAUGAUAGAAUUUACAUUUUCUAAGGUCAAAGUUUCGAUCUUUAUGAAAUAACAUUAGUGUUUCCCUAAAAAUUGCAAAAAACAAAAAAAGUCGUGAUAUUUGAAGUGCUGGGGAGGAAAAAUGCCGGGGCAUAAGUCAAAAUCAGAGAAGAGUGAAGCAGAAAAGACACUAAGGAGGGACCCUUAUGAGGUAUUAGGUGUCUCAAGGAAUUCUACAGAUCAAGAAAUUAAAAGUGCUUACAGGAAAUUAGCUUUGAAGUAUCAUCCUGACAAGAAUGCAAAUGAUCCUAAAGCAGCGGACAUGUUCAAGGAGGUCACCUUUUCAUAUAACAUUUUAUCUGAUCCGGAUAAAAGGCGUCAAUAUGACUCAGCUGGUUUUGAGGAAGAUAGUUCAAAAACAGGUAAAGUCACAUCUGCCGGCAUGUAUUUUCUUGGAUUCCCAGUUUAUCACAUUGAUCAAACCCAAAACUCGGUAACAGCUGCAAAGGAUCCAGACUCAGCUUUUUUCAAGAAACUGGAUGGAUUUCAACCAUGUGAGAUAACCGAGCUAAAAGCUGGCACACAUGUCUUUGCAGUUUAUGGUGACAAUUUUUUUAAAAGUGUGAGCUACGCCAUUGAAGCUGUUUGCGCUGAACCUUUUACUGAGGAAAAAGAGAAUCUUAGAGCAAUAGAAGCUCAACUUUUGUCAAAAAGGGUUGAACUGUCUAAGUUUGAAACAGAAUAUAGGGAGGUCUUAGCGCAAUUUACUGAGAUGACUAGUAGAUAUGCACAAGAAAUGCAAGCUAUCGAUGAGCUUCUUAAGAACCGCAAUGAAAUUCAUGCUUCCUAUACAACUCUUCCCGCAAUGAAGCGUAGUAGUAGCAAUCGAAGUAAGAACAGAGGUGGUUCCAAGGAGGCCAGUGAAGAUGGUCCAGUAAGAGACAAGAAGGCUUCAAGAGACCGGUCAAAGAAGAAGAAAUGGUUCAACAUUCCCUUAAAGGUUGACAAAAGGAAGCCUUGUUAAAAUAGGUUUAUAGAGAAACGUGGUAGCAGUUGGUGCCAAGGUGCACUUACUCUUUGUCCAAGCAAUGAACCUGGUUGCAGGACCUGAGAAAUCUUCGGAGGGCGUAUAUCUUGGCAUCAGCAUUGCGCUGAAAUACUGGUAGGUAUUUAUGAAAUGGUGGUGUGACACGAGAAGCACUCAACAAAUCCUAUUGUAAAAUUCUUUCCUCUUUAUUCUUUUACCUUUUGAUGUCAGUCCCCAACACUCACGCAUGUAAAUUGCAUUAUUCAAUCACAAGUCUUUCUUGAAUGAGCUAUGCUUGUGUCAGUUUUUAAGUAACAAAAGAGAGGACUGGGAUAAAGAAAAAAGUUUGUUCUUUGUUAAAUUCAGGCAAAUAGCUAGGUGUAGAAUUGACUAGUUCUUUUGUCUGAAUAGUGGUCUGAUAUAUUUGCUAAUAUGAAAAAAGUGAAUAAUACAAUA